CAUGCAGAAGAGAGUUACCAAAGCAGGCCUGAGACUGUUCUCCUUAUGCCUGUUUGCAAGGUUGGCCCUUGGCUGGCAUCUGGUACUUGGAUUUUAGGAGGGUUCUCACCAUUUCCUAAGUGAGAAAAGUGGCUCAUGGUGCCUAAACUGUUUAUUUAAACAAUGUGGUUAAUGCUGACUACGUGCUUUCCUUCUGGGAAUCUGGAAGUGUGGUAUGUGUUAGGCAGAGGGUGCCAACAUGACCAGUCCCCAGUAAAAACCCUGGCCAGUGAUUCUUUAAUGACAUCCCUGGUAGAUAACAUUUCACGCAUGUUGUCAUAACUCAUUGCUGGAGGAAUUGUGUCCUGUGCGACUCCCCUGGAAGGUAAACUCUGGUAAACUUGUACCUAGGUUCCUCUGGACCCUGCCUUACGUGCCUUUUCCAUUUGCUGAUUUUGCUUCAUAGUUUUUCGCUGAACUAAAUCAUAGCCGGCCAUGAGCAGGACAAUAUGCUGAGUCCUUUGAGUCUCCUAGUGAAUCAUCAAAACUGGGGUAUGGUCUUGGGCACCCACCACACAGGGCACAAGCGUGACUUAUGGGUGUGUUGGUAGUGCUCUCUUUCUCAACCUGAGUAUUUGUUUAUAUGGGCAUGUGUUUAGGUUGUGAAAAUUCACUGAGCUGUCCAAUUAUAUGUAUACUUUCUUUCUACAUAUUUUAAAUUUCAAUAAUAUAAAAUAGAAGAUUACGUACCAUGGGUGUAAAAAAUAGUAACUUAAUGUUUAAAAAGCCAACUUCUUUUUAUUCAGUAAACAUUUUAGUUAUCCCUUCUUACCAGGCAUUGCACUGGGAGCCUAGGACAUGGGGUUAGAAAGACAUCAUGACAGUCUUUCAGUUCAUUAGGAAGCAGGUAAAGAGAUACAAGAUGAUUGAAUUUCGCUGGGCUCUAUCAGAGGCAUCAGAGAGCACUGGAGGGCUCAGAGAAAGGGCUUCUAAUGGGUAUUUUGCCAUUGAAGGGUUUCCAUUCCAGUACCUAUAGAAGCCAGAUAGGCAAAUGGGCCAAGGGGCUCAUAUGGAAGCUGUGGCAAACUGGGAAAGUAUGUAGUGUAGAAUUGCCAGAGCGUAUAGUAUUUUAUUUUGUUUUUUUUUUUCAGGAAAAGCCGCAAAUCUUGAGCUCUCUUUAGUUUCAAGUCUGUAAAUGAAUCCAGAUUUUUAACAAGUAGGAGGGCCAAACAGAACACUCUUGCAGACCAGAUUCUGCCUUGGCCUACCAGUUUGCCAAGUGUUCUGCUCACCAGCCAUCCCUCCCUCUGACCAAAUACUCAACGGUCCUUUAUUUAGGCACUGGAAAUACAGUAGCAAGCAAGGCAGACAACUGUCUUGCAUAGUGGGGGGCUCUGGGACCGUGGCUCCUCAACCUUCAGUAUGUGGAGGAAUCACCUGGCAGUCGUGUUGCAGCGCAGAUUCUGACUGGGGAGGUCUGCAGUAAAGCCUGAAAUGUUGCCUUUGUAACAAGCUCCCAGGUGAUGGUGAUGCCGGCGAUCUUAGGACCGCGCUUUAGGUAGCAUUGCUCUAUUUUCCAGAAGGGCUCCGGAGCAGCUAUUAUUUGAAGUGGAGUAAGGGGCUUGCCGUGAAAGUGCAUUUGCCUGGCAAGCAUCCAGUUUUUACUUGGAUUUUAGUUUAUUGGAGUAGCUUGGAAGGUGGGUGCCAAGGCUCUCCCAAGCUAUACCUUGGCGCUAUCCGGUCUCUAGUCUCAGUUUAUAUUCUAGAAGGCAGGGCGUGGGGUGGAGGAGAAUGUUCAGAGAAGCUUCCUGGAGGAGGUGCAAGUGAGCUGCAGGAAGUUUCCCAGCCGCGGAGAAAGGGAGAAACCCGGAACUCUCGCGCUCCUGGGGCUGGGUCUCCGUAUCCCCACGCCGGGUAUGGUUUCCCAGGCAUCCCACGUGUCUGCUGUCCGCGAGUGCCUGUCAAUCAAGCUUUUUUUUCGGGCUGGGUACUAGUUUAAAGACUGCGGCGGUGCAGGGCACUCCCAGAGUGCCGCGCGGCGGGCGGGUUUGGAUUUUAAAUCCCCGCGGCCAAUCAGGGACGCGCAGGCCUUUGUAACGUUCCCGGCGCCGAGUUUGAAUUAGAGGAGGAGCAGAGUGGUGCCAAGCCUCGGUGCAGAACCUGCUAGGUCCGCUGAGCAACUCUGGGGAUAUGAGUGCGGCGGGAACUGCAGGGAAACUGGCGCGGGCACCAGCCGACCCAGGGAAAGCUGGGGCCCCUGGAGUUGCAGCUCCCGGGGCCCCGGCGGCCGCUCCGCCGGCGAAGGAGAUCCCGGAGGUCCUAGUGGACCCGCGCAGCCGGCGACGCUAUCUGCGGGGCCGCUUUCUGGGGAAGGGCGGCUUUGCCAAGUGCUUCGAGAUUUCGGACGCGGACACUAAAGAGGUGUUCGCCGGAAAGAUUGUGCCUAAGUCGCUGCUGCUCAAGCCGCACCAAAAGGAGAAGAUGUCCAUGGAGAUAUCCAUUCACCGCAGCCUUGCCCACCAGCACGUCGUAGGCUUCCACGGCUUUUUCGAGGACAACGACUUCGUGUUCGUGGUGUUGGAGCUCUGCCGCCGGAGAUCUCUCCUGGAGCUGCACAAGCGGAGGAAAGCAGUGACCGAGCCCGAGGCCCGAUACUACCUGCGGCAGAUCGUCCUUGGCUGCCAGUAUUUGCACCGAAACCGGGUUAUUCACCGGGACCUCAAGCUUGGCAACCUUUUCCUGAAUGAGGAUCUGGAGGUGAAAAUAGGGGAUUUUGGACUGGCAACCAAAGUCGAAUAUGACGGGGAACGGAAGAAGACCCUGUGCGGGACUCCUAAUUACAUAGCUCCUGAGGUGCUGAGCAAGAAAGGGCACAGUUUCGAGGUGGACGUGUGGUCCAUUGGGUGUAUCAUGUAUACCUUGUUAGUGGGCAAACCACCUUUUGAGACCUCUUGCCUAAAAGAGACCUACCUCCGGAUCAAGAGGAAUGAAUACAGUAUUCCCAAGCACAUCAACCCUGUGGCUGCCUCCCUCAUCCAGAAGAUGCUUCAGACCGAUCCCACUGCUCGCCCAACCAUUCAUGAGCUGCUCAAUGAUGAGUUUUUUACUUCUGGCUAUAUCCCCGCCCGGCUUCCCAUCACCUGCCUCACCAUUCCACCAAGGUUUUCAAUCGCCCCCAGCAGCCUGGACCCCAGCAACCGGAAGCCUCUCACAGUCCUCAAUAAAGGCAAGGAGAACCCCAUUCCUGAGCGGCCCCAGGAGAAAGAGGAACCAGCGGUCCGCGAGGCCAGUGAGGCUGUGGAUGGCCACCUGGGCGACAUGCUGCAGCAGCUGCACAGUGUCAAUGCCUCCAAGCCCUCUGAGAGGGGGCUGGUGAGGCAAGAGGAGGCUGAGGAUCCGGCCUGCAUCCCCAUCUUCUGGGUCAGCAAGUGGGUGGACUAUUCGGACAAGUACGGCCUCGGGUAUCAGCUAUGUGACAACAGCGUGGGGGUGCUCUUCAAUGACUCAACUCGCUUGAUCCUCUAUAAUGAUGGUGACAGCCUGCAGUACAUAGAGCGUGACGGCACCGAGUCCUACCUCACUGUGAGCUCCCAUCCCAAUGCCCUGAUGAAGAAGAUCACCCUCCUUAAGUAUUUCCGGAACUACAUGAGUGAGCACUUGCUGAAGGCGGGGGCCAAUAUUACACCCCGGGAGGGCGAUGAGCUAGCCCGGCUGCCCUACCUGCGCACCUGGUUCCGCACACGGAGCGCCAUCAUCCUGCACCUCAGUAAUGGCUGUGUACAGAUCAACUUCUUCCAGGACCAUACCAAACUCAUCCUGUGCCCACUGAUGGCAGCUGUGACCUACAUUGAUGAGAAGCGGGACUUCCGCACGUACCGCCUGAGCCUCCUGGAGGAGUACGGCUGCUCCAAGGAGCUGGCCAGCCGGCUCCGUUACGCCCGCACCAUGGUGGACAAGCUGCUGAGCUCGCGCUCAGCCACUAACCGCCUCAAGUCCUCCACAUAGGCCACCCUCCCCCUGAACUGGUAAUCCCUCUUCCCCCCAACCAGGACCGUGGCCCAUGCUGGUUAGCUUCCACAGUGCUGUUUUUAUAGCAUACCCCCUGCCCUGGGGGCUGGGAGGGCUGCAUCAGCCUUGUGGUAGGGGUUGCUCUGUAAGUUAUUUUUGUACAUGUUUGGUGUGGGUUCAGUGGCCUCCGCUCCUUCCCCUCCCAACCCCACCACAUGAAUUGUACAGAAUAUGCUCUUGAAUUUGGGACUGUCCUUUCCUUGCCUUUAUACAUAUUAAACACAUGUGAAUCUUC